GGAUAAAAGAGACAGUCUCAUCUGUUCGUCAGUAUAUACCUAUACAUUAGCCCACGAAAUUCCGUGCAUUCCACCAGUGUAACGUAUAAAGUGGUAAAACUCUUCGGUUAUAAAAGAAAAAUAAGUGAGUUGAAAGUGGCUGAGGGAUGGGAGGGGAAAUCUCUGGCGGGAGAGAUAGGUAAAGUCAGAAGGGAAAUACUGGUGUAGAUACGUUUCUCGUGUCAGACGUUAUAUGGCAACCCCGUGGUGUAUAUACCAAUCUACCACAGUGUGUCCGCCCGCAUACCAUUAGAUUUUCUCAUUCCAUUUUCAAUGGAAAUAAACGGAGCGAAACGUCUACGUUUCACCGGUCAAUAAUAACAUUUUUCAUCUUUCCAUUGUCGAAUUUGAAUUCCCAAUAAGUGUCAAGUGAUAGUCAAAUAAUUUAAAGCUCCUCAAUCGUUUACGUAUCAUUGGAUUUUAUUUCACUCAGGAACUUUUGUCAAGGGUUCACUUGGAAACUAUGUCGGCUGUUGAAAGUGCUCUCGAUGUCCUCUCCAGGGCCGCCACGAUGAUGCAAGAAGAGAGGCCGAAGACGACGAGUUUGCAUAGAAAACCGAGCAGCACGUGGCGAAAAGAGCGCAGGAGAGAUCCGAUUCAAAGUGAGGCCCUGGAUAUGUCUGCUACCAGGGUUCAUCAUCACACCAGACCCAGUGUUAUCGUUCCAACCGCUCCCCAACCUGGUGCAACGAUUGAAGACACAGCUGUAACACCUACACCCAGUGCAACUCCUUCGACGGCAAUAGGCGGUCAGAGAACCGGAAUCCGAAACCCAGCAGGUAUUAGUGAUCCAGCCAUAGAUGAGCACUUCAAAAGAUCAUUGGGCCUCGAGGAGUAUGCGGCUGUCUUCAAUGCUUCCUCCAAUGUUGAUAAGGAAACCGGACUCAGUGUGGACGACCACUUCGCAAAAGCCCUCGGGGAUACCUGGGCGAGGCUGCAAGCAAACGGCAACAAAGAGUCAACAUAACGAAAGCGAGAGAUCUUGAAAAAUCACAAAAAAAGCAAAAAAAAAAUUGAAAAAACCUAAUCUCCUCCUUCUUUCCAUUAGUUAUUGUUUAGCAAAUAAUUCACGCGCUAAAUAAAUAUGUAAGGGUGGUAUAAGUCUUACCAAGUGUCUGAUAUACCCAAGUAUUUCACUUAUUUUUCACUUGACUAAAAAUUAGAAAAGAACAUGAUGGAAACUCAAUGAAUUAAUUAUAGGAUAUUGAAAGUCAAUUAAUCGAGGAUAACGUUAAACAUAUGUUAAAUAGUGUACAUAAAGCAAUUACACGGUUCUGGUUCUUCCCCAGAAGUCCCAUUUGUUGCGCAACGAGGGAAAUUUAUUUAUUAUCCAAUUUUCGAGUCCGAAAUAAUUGAAGAAUUUAAUCAGCGAUUCACAUUUGCAAAAGAAUUCAAAAUAUUAUAGAUUUUUUAGGUAGCCAGGUGUAUCAAUUUACGUAAUUUAAGGAGCAUAUUAUAUAUAGAGUAUACAUUGUGAUUAUACAAAUAUAUAUUGAAGAAUAAAUUAUAAACGAGGAAUAUUAUAAA